AUGGCCAGCAGAAAGGGAAACGCCAAAGGGAGCUCGGCGCCAGAGUCGGUGGUUCCUGUUCGAUACCGCUGCAAGGUGGGAGGCGAGUGGAAGCCGAUACAUGCGUUUUCUGAAAAGCAGCAACGCCUGGUCCACCGUCAAGUGGACGCUCGAGAAAAGGUGGAUGCCGCAAAUUCCGGCAUGGUUUGCAUGGAGCACUCUGCCGCCUUUCGCGCCGAACUGCGCUGCGAUCUGUGCGGCUUGAACAAGCCGUACGAUCAGUUUAGCAAGAACAUGAGGAAAUCUGAUGCUCCUGUAACCUGGACAGAAACCCAGGAACCGGGUGUGACGCCAGCGCCUCUGGAGACUGGUCACGUAUCCAUAGAAGAGCAGAACAAGCAAGUGUGGAACAAAAAGUAUACCGACAGCACGGAUUUCUUCCCGGAUGACAUGCUCCCUCAGGCUCCAAUCACUGCCUUGUCCUCGCUGGGAAUCGAUUAUGAACAAGGCUUGACGAGACUAACACGAGAUUCUCGCGUCAAAGGCUCCGCUUCAGUUUCGUCCAGCACUGGGAGCAAAGCCUUUGAUGCGACUUCCAUGCCUCCACACCUUGCGAAUAUAGUCAGCUCACUUUUUCAGACGCAGGGCUGGGCGGCCGCGUCGGAAAAUACCGACAGCGCAAGUCACACGAGCGGUCCGUCUUUGCUGUCUCCCAGUGUCGUUGGAUGGGCCAAUCUUAAUGACGUCCCUGGAAGCUGUGCGUCGGUGACGGAAACAGAGCCUGCAGGCAGCAGCAGCAACAACAGCUUUGUCGAGCGACGUGGCGAAAGGACGAAUGAUCUUCCUCCCCAUCUUCGAGGUUAUUGGAUGAGUGAAGCACAUGGCAAGACGGCGUCUAGAGGCAGUAGCUGUGGCGAAUCAAGCGACGGGGGUUCCGGUUCCAUCUCCACGGCUACGACAGUGCGCAACGAGGAGAUGAUGAAGACGCAGCGACGUGCUCCAAUCCAGUACCAUGCCUGGGAUAAUUCCGGCCAAAUGCAUGGCAAGCUGAAAUCGCCCACCGUCUCGAGCAGUGACGCCUCGUCCACAAACUGCCAGACGCUCGACAACGACGACUGGCCAAGUCUCCCAGUCUCCAGUCAGGGGCCACCACCGCCAAGCCGGAAGGGCGCCUGGCACAAAGCGCCAAGAGCACAAAGGGAAGACGCGACGCAGCACAUGCCGGCCAGACAUAUCGAUCCGGACAUUGACGAGCAGCGAAGACUACGCCAUCGAGGGUGA